CAUUAUAUAUAUUGAUGAUCAAGAUAUUCGGGUGCUAUUGAUCAUAAAUGGGCUGCGAGUUCACAGGCAUCCCUGAUAAUCUAUUUCUUGUUUCUGCCAUUUCAUGAUGAUUGUAGCCAUGACCUUUCAUGAUCAAUUGGUGCAAUGACUUUUCAUGAAUUAUUAAUAAAAGCAUAAAGAAAGAUAUGUGCACGUAUAUUAAUAUAUACAAGUAUGACUUUCUGCAGCUUUAACACCCUUCGGUGGGUUCUUUCUUAGUGCUAGUCUGCUAGAGAAUAUCACGUUUGUCCCCCACACAAUAUUGUUUUUCACCUGCCAUAUCUCUUAAAUAGUUACCAACAAAUCCUUUUAGUUGUUUUGUGCAGUAGCCUUCUAUAGAGCCAAAUACUCGUCGGACCUUGCACCACUCCAUCCCCAAACAACAACUUUUUCUCCGCUCUCCAAGCUCUCUUGUUUUUUUGGUUUGGUUAGUUUAUUUUCUUUUAACCCUUUCUUCUCUGGUAUGUCUGUAGAUAUGUUUUAGAGAAGAUAUUUAUAGUUGCAGAGGUAGCAACUAAAGCUUGAGAUAGAAGGGUAAUGAAGCAGAGGGGUUUGAUCGAAAAACUCAGUUGGUAUUGGAGAGAUAUUCCUUCUGAUAACGGAAAAAUUUGGAGAGAAUUUAGAGGAAGGAAACAAUGAUUAUCAAGAGCUCCCUCCACCGGUUUGAGGUGCCUCGAGUAAUAAUAUGAUCAAGAUGGGUGUGGUGAGCUUAGCGUCUGUUUCUACUUAUUCAAGGGUAUCUAGUUUUGUAGUUUUGGGUUUGGUUUUGAACUUGGCUGUGGUUUGCAAUGGAGGAAUAACAAGCCCUUUUGUGAGGAAAGCUGAGAAGACGGUUGAUAUGCCUUAUGAAAGUGACGCCUUUCAAGUCCCUCAUGGCUAUAAUGCACCUCAACAAGUUCAUAUAACACAAGGAGACCACAAGGGAAAGGCCAUGAUUGUGUCAUGGGUCACUGUGGAUGAAAAAGGCUCCAGCAAAGUGCUUUUCUGGAGUGAAGGUCAAAAGAAAAGGAUGGCUGAAGGCAAAGCUAAAACCUAUACAUACCAUGAUUACACUUCUGGUUACAUUCACCACUGUACCAUCAGAAACUUAGAGUACAAUACCAAAUAUUACUAUGUGGUUGGAAUUGGGCACACUGAGAGGCUGUUCUGGUUUGUAACUCCUCCUGAAGUUGGGCCAGAUGUCACUUAUACAUUUGGUCUCAUGGGGGAUUUGGGCCAAACCUUUGAUUCAAACUCGACACUUACUCACUAUGAAGAAAACCCACUUAAAGGACAAACAGUUUUGAACCUUGGAGACCUCUCUUAUGCAGAUAAUCAUCCCAAUCAUGACAAUGUUAAGUGGGAUACAUUUGGAAGAUUCAUUGAGAGAAGUGCUGCUUAUCAACCUUGGAUUUGGACUGCAGGGAACCAUGAGAUUGAUUAUGCACCAGAAAUUGGUGAAUACAAACCUUUCAAGCCAUACACUCACCGGUAUAAUGUCCCACACAAAGCAUCAGGGAGCCCUGCCCCAUUUUUUUACUCAAUCAAGAGAGCUUCAGCAUACAUCAUAGUCUUGUCUUCAUAUACAGCUUAUGGUAAAUACACUCCUCAGUACCAAUGGCUUGAGCAGGAGCUACCAAAAGUUAACAGGAGUGAGACAUCAUGGUUGAUUGUCUUACUGCAUUCCCCAUGGUACAACAGCUACAACUAUCAUUACAUGGAAGGAGAGAGCAUGAGAGUCAUGUUUGAGUUGUGGUUCGUGCAGCACAAGGUUGACGUAGUCUUUGCAGGUCAUGUCCAUGCCUACGAACGAUCUGAACGUGUAUCGAAUAUAGCCUAUAACAUCGAAAAUGGAAAGUGCUCUCCAGUGGUGAAAGAUCAAUCUGCGCCGGUGUACAUUACCAUUGGAGAUGGAGGAAAUAUUGAAGGCUUGGCAACCAAUAUGAGGGAGCCACAGCCAGAUUACUCAGCUUAUAGAGAGGCCAGUUUUGGUCAUGCCAUUUUCGACAUCAAGAACCGAACUCAUGCCUUCUACAGUUGGCACCGGAACGACGAUGGAGUUGCAGUGAAAGCCGAUUCUAUGUGGUUUUUCAACAGAUACCAUCAUCCUGUUGAUGAUUCUACAAGUUCCCAAUCAUGAUCAUGAGAAAAGAUAAAUUUUGUUGCUCUUGUUUUCUAGAAUAAGUUUGAGCUGUAUUUCUUAUUAAGUUAGUCAAUAUUUUCUGUAUGUUUGGUUCGUCUCUCUAUUUCUACCAUUUAUAAAUCACCAAGGAUCUGUGUGUGAUCUGUCUUGAUGUUGAUAAAAGAGAUAUCCCUAAAUCGAUGACUUGUUGGUUAGUUGUAUUGCACUUUGGAUAACUAUUUCUAGCAGAGUAUGUAUUCCUCCACCAUGUUUUUAAGUUCGAUU